AUGAGACAUGCAAAGAUGUUAACAGGCAUUGCUCUGUUGGCAGUCACGGCAGCGGAGGAUUUGACUCAGCAUGUAGAUAUUUUUAUGGGAACUGAAAGCGGGGGCAAUAACUUCCCAGGAGCAGUGCGACCCUUCGGCAUGGUUAAACUCGGUCCCGAUCUCCUGUUAUCAGGAACAGACUCAUACUCGGGUUAUCUGCCAGAUGGUAACUUCUCUGGUUUCAGUAUGAUGCAUGAGCAGGGGACAGGCGGGGCGCCAAAAUACGGCACCGUCUCACAGUUGCCCUUGAUUGGCAAUAUCAGUGACCCAUUGUCUAACAUCACCGUUUCGCGAAAGGGUACCGACGAAGGCUCCGUUGGGUACUAUAAGGCUGAGACUGGAGAUGGCGUCGAGGUCGAACUGAGUGCCUCUUCGAGAGCGGGUAUCUAUCGGUAUACAUUUCCCGCCGGGUCAAAAGGGAAUGUACUAGUAGAUGUGUCGCACGUUUUGCCUUCCUUCCGCGGCCAGGGCUUGAGUCAAAAUUACGAGGGUGGGAAUAUCACUAUCUUCGCUGAUGGUCAUUAUGAAGGUGCUGGCAUCUACAACAAUGGAUGGAACGAGGCACCGGAUUGGACUAUUCACUUCUGUGGUUAUUUUGAUUCUGCUGCUACAAGUAACAAGACCUAUACGGCAACAGGUGCAGCCAAAAGCGUUGAACAGUCCGGCGGCGUUGCUUCGUCGUCUUCCAACUCUACUCGUGUUGGGGGUCUGUUCUCUUUCAGUGACACCGAAGUCAUCUCCCGAGUGGGUAUUUCUUGGAUCUCAACACAAAAAGCCUGUGACAAUGUCAACAGUGAGAUUCCAGAGGGAACAUCGUUUGCUUCCGUCAUUGAUGAUGCAGUCGCUGAGUGGAACAAUGAGGUUUUGUCCAAGGUCACGACAACCAACACCAACGACACCAGCCUCAGUCUACUCUACACCUCUCUCUACUUUAUGCAUCUGAUUCCAACGAACCAAACCGGAGAAAAUCCCGGCUGGACAUCAUCUGAGCCUUACUAUCAAGAUAUCUUCACUUUCUGGGAUCUAUUCCGCUGCUCCACUUCCCUAAUGCAGGUCCUCCAACCAACCGCAUAUGAAGAGCAAAUCCGUUCCCUAAUCGAUAUCUGGAGAAAUGUCGGAUACAUGCCAGAUGCCCGAUCUUCCAACUACAACGGCCGCUCGCAAGGCGGUUCCAACGCCGACAACGUCCUCGCAGACGCCUACGUCAAAGGAGUCCGCGGCUCCGUCAAUUGGGAAGACGGCUACAAAGCCAUGGUCAAAGACGCAGAGGUAACACCUGUAAAUUGGCCAAUUGACUGGAUGGCCCCGGACUCCUCGACCCACGACGGCCGAAGUGCUCUCCCCGACUGGCUCGAGUACGGGUACAUCACGCCCACUUUCAGCCGGGCUGUGAGCCGGGCCGUUGAGUACGCGUAUAAUGACUUCGGCCUGUACCAAGUUGCGUCUGGGCUGGGCAAGACGGAUGAUGCACAGACUUAUCUGAACCGCUCACGUAACUGGAGGAAUCAUUGGAAUCCCGACCAGACUUCGCUGGGCUACUCGGGCUUUGUGGUCCCGCGCAAUACCUCUGGCUUUAUUGAGACUGAUCCGCUGACUGAUAGUGGGUAUUGGGGCGAUCCGUACUACGAGGCUAGCUCUUGGGCUUAUUCGUUUGCGGAUACUGUUGUCUCUCGAUUAGACACCAUGUUCACUGACGGCGCCAGUGGAUCGAGUGGCACUAUUUUUGACCCAACCAACGAGCCAAUGUUCAAUCUCCCUUAUCUGUACAACUUCGUCGGUCGACAGGAUCUGGCCGUCUCGCGGUCUCGCAAGGUCGCCAAGGAAGACUAUACUACCGGUGUCUCUGGACUGCCCGGCAACAGUGAUGCAGGAGCUAUGCAGACCUGGUUACUCUGGAACAUGAUCGGCUUGUACCCGAUCACUGGCCAGACAACCUUCCUCAUUCACUCACCCUGGUUCGCGUCCAUGACCAUUGAUCUAGGCGAUGAUAAGACUCUGGAGAUCACGUCCACGGGCGGCGAUGGCAAUGGGGAUAGUGAUAUCUAUGUCCAAAGUCUCAAGGUCAAUGGCCAGGUAUGGAAGAAGAGCUGGCUGACUUGGGACGACAUCUUUGCUCAAGGUGGCACACUCGAGUUUGAGCUGGGGCCGACCGCAGUUAACUGGACGACGGGGGAGCUGCCGCCAAGUCCUGCAUCUUGA